AUGAAUAGAUAUUUUCAACGAAAAAGGAACGUAGAUAGUGUUGAUGAGGGGGUAUCGAAUAAUGUGGAUGUUGAUGAGGGGUUAUCGAAUGAUGUGGAGUUUGAUGUCACAAAACUUCCAACUGGUCCUGGUCUAAGGAUACCCAUUUUAGAUUACAGUGCUAACAUCCGAGAUGAAGUUCGAAGAGCAUAUAUAUUAAAGGGUCCUUGUCAGCCCCAAGAUCAUGACUUUCCAAAACGACAAUUUGGAGUAACAAUUAGACGAUUCAAUCCUUCGUGGUUUAAAGAGUUCGGUAGUUGGUUGGAGUAUAGUGUAGAGAAGGAUGCUGCUUAUUGUUUUACAUAUUGGAAAGAUAAAAAAAGGCUUCAUACUCAUGUUGGACUUCAUGAUAGUGCACACAAUCAAGCUCGCAUUAAAUGUGAAGUGUUGAUGAAUCAAGAGCAACACAUUGAAUCAGUUUUCUACAAACAGUCAGAACAAGCAAGAAAUGCAUAUGUUACACGCCUUAAUGCAUCCAUUGAUUGUGUUCGAGUUCUUUUGCGACAAGGGCACUCAUUUCGAGGUCAUGAUGAAUCUGAGGAUUCUCUCAAUUCAGGUAACUUCUUAGUGCAAUUGCAAUUUUUGGCUGCUCAUAAUGAAGUUAUCAAUGCCGUCACAUUGGGAAAUGCUCCUCACAAUUGCAAAUUGACAUCACCUGAUGUUCAAAAGGAUAUAGUAAAUGCUUGUGCUAUUGAAACGAUCGAUUUUAUUAUCAAAGAUGUUGGCGACUCGCUAUUUUCUAUUCUAGUUGAUGAAUCUUGUGAUGUGUCAAUGAAGGAGCAAAUGUCUAUUGUUUUACGUUAUGUAGACAAUUUUGGGCAUGUCAAUGAACGCUUUAUAGGGAUUGAACAUGUUACAAGUACCAUGGCUCUAUCACUUAAGGCUGCAAUUAAUAAGGUAUUUUCUAAAUAUAACUUGAGUAUGUCUAGAUUGAGAGGACAAGGUUAUGAUGGAGCAAAUAAUAUGCAAUGUAAGUUUAAUGGUCUGAAAACACUCAUUUUGAAUGAGAGUCCAUGUGCCUUUUACAUUUACUGUUUUGAUCAUCAACUCCAACUUGCGCUUGUGGCUGUGGCAAAGAAGGACAUCCCUAUUACUAACUUCUUUGGUGUGGUUGGGAACAUUUUAAGUGGACGGGGACUUAAUCAAGAAACGACCCUUCAGCUCUCUGGUGAUACACGGUGGAGUUCACAUUAUAAUUCUUUGAUCAGCUUGCUGGCCAUGUUCUCUUCUAUUUUAGAUGUACUUGCAAUGAUUAUUGAAGAUGAAUCUUGUUCUUGUGAUCAAAGAUCUAAUGCAACAAAUUUAUUGGAGUUGAUACAAAGAUUUGAUCUUGUAUUUAAUCUACAUUGA